UUCGUGAAACGUGCAACGAAUUCGCUUGCUUGCUCGCACCGUGGACAUUACAUGUCUGUAAGGACUGAGGGCCAAUGCCAAUUGCCAAUCGUGGCGGUGUAGUGCGUGGAGGUUGAAUACAUAGAGAAUCUCCGUUGACCGGAUUCCGAUACCAGUAUUGCUCAGUAUUUCCAUUGCCACAUUUGCCACUAUUACUUCUAUCGCGCCGCGCCGGUGUGACAUCUCAAGUGACAGAAGUACGAGUGUAAACACGCCUCUGCGUCUGGAGAACUUUCUUUAUUCUCCAAGCAAGUCUAGAGAGUGAAAGUACAAGAGCUUUGCCGACCUCGAGUGUUUCAAUUUUCCGAAAUCAGGAUAAAUAUUUGGUGUAUCGCGAAGAGAAAAUUUGAGAAUGUCGAGCCCAAGAGGAUCCGUUCGCGAGGGCACAAGAAUCGUACUGAAAGAAAUAACCGCUACUCUCCAGAAUUCUUCGCCAAUUCAUCCUUCUCCACGAAAGAGUGACAACGAUAGUCCCCUGACUUUCCCGAAGACAGCAGAGCAUGAAGUCAAAGUUCAUUUUGCUCGCGAAUUUGCCGAUGUAAGAUCGGUCACAGAAAAUCUCUGCUUGACUCCAGAGAGCCUUUCGUCGGCCAGCAGUUUUCAUAGCCUCACCAACACUUUUAGUAUUAAGAGCGGCACAUGUACCGAUUCGACACCUCAAACUCCUGAUAUCAUCGCGGAUACAUCAUAUGUGAACUCUGACAUAUCUGAUGUAGAGGAUUUGAUUCUGAGAUGUGCAGAUAUCCAUUUAGAAAGUGAAUGCGAUAGUCAGGAUCUCAGUCAAAAUCAGACGUUUACGUCAGCCAUAGAAGCACCGUUUUCCACAAUCGAAUGUUCCCUUAACGAAAAUUUGUUAGACAACGCCGAUAAUGAGACGCAAGUGAUUGAAACAAAUACUCAAUUAUACGAAACAACGUCCUUGAAUCAAACGCAUGUUUUGGAAUCGUCUAAUAACACACCUUCCAUUCAAGAUUCACAGUUCGUGAUUUCAAGUCCUCCUGCGGAAGAAUAUGUACUACGAGUAGAAGAAUCGAUUGAUAAGCAUAUUCCGUUACAGGAAAGUGGUAAUAUAGUAAGUGAAUUUGAAACGUGCGACAUUGUGAGUAACCUUACAAAGGAUUCACUGCCAACAAGUAACGUAAAUGAUAAUGAGUUGAAUAUAACAACUACUAUUUCAUCCAAUAAUACAACUUUCUGUGUGACCGCGCUUAAUGAAGAACAAGCAGUAAAAAAUGAUUGUAAUGCCGAAAUAUUAUUUCUAGAAGAUCCACAAUCGUAUUCUACCGAAAUUUCUGUUCCGUCCAUAUUCUCGUUAGCGCAAUAUGCGGAUCUUUCGUUACCUAGUAUAGCAAGUAUAUCGUCACCAUUAGAAGAUACUGAUAAUAAAAUAAAAGAAACGAGUAUACAGACUUUAUCAGAGCCUAAGAAGCAAGAUACGUCAAAAGUAUUGUCGCUUUCCGACAAUGUCGAUCAAAAAUUGCCUGUAUUAUCGCAAGUAAUUCUAAAUGACUCUGUUACUCGAACUGAAACGAACGAAAUUAUCAAGGAGCAAGAUUCGUCUGAAUUAGAUAAUGGUAUUGUGUCAGAUAAUAAAGAAGAUAACAUACUAUUACCAAAUAAGAUCAGUAUUAUAGAACCAAAAACAUUGGAAGUUGAAGAUAACUUACAGACGAAUGUUGAUACAAAAUAUUUAGAAGUAGAAAAUAGCGAGGUGUUGAAUGAAAUACAGAAAUUAUCUGAGGAAGACAUUGCCAUAUGUAAUGAGACCCAUGUUAUAGAAAACCCAAAUAAUUCAUCAGAAACUGUAAGUAUAGAAAAGGAAAAAUGUAUUGUUGAAAGUGCAGCUACGAUAAGUGCUGAUAAAAAGGACGUAUCUAUUGAAGCUCUCGAUCAUACACUUACUUUACAAGAGAUAGAUAUAAACUUUGCAACAGAUGAAGAACAAUACGAGAAAUUUAAACCUCAACGACAAAGUACUACAUUGUCGUUGAUCAACGGACAUUUUGAAGAAUUAAAAUCUACAGUAGAAAAAGUUACUAAUGAUCUACUUAAUCCUUCACUGGAAUUCACGGAAGAAACAGAUCAAUUUGUCAGUGCAACACCUGAAUUUUUCCAAGAUCCUUCGACAUUUGAUUUUUUGUUAGCACGAAGUAAUCCUACACAUACAAAUCGCCUUAGAACCGAAUCUUUGUAUGUUAAGUUUGACCCAUUGAUAUCGAAUACCAGUAUGUUACCUCAAGGAAAUGCCCAAAUAAUAAAUGACGAGAAAAAUGACAAAAAUGAAUCACCACUUCCUGAUGUUGGUACACCAAAACGUAAUCCUGCCAUAGCAGCUAUAGACAGGCUGCUUUUUUAUAGUCCUCUUCCUAAUGCAACGGUGCAAAAAUCAGAGGAAGUUCAAGAAAAAAAUGAGCAACCAGUAGAAGAGCCUAAAUCCGACGCACCACUUAUUGAUCACAUAGAUAUGAGUAAAGAACUUGAACUUGUAAGAACUACAGUACUACAAUUGGAAGAAGAAUUGGAGAAACAGAAAAAGGAGCAUGAAGAAUUGGAGAAACAGAACAAGGAGCAUGAAGCAGAAUUGGAAACACAGAAAGCAAUCUUUCAGGAAAAAAUUAAUAAAUUACAGGCACAAAUGUCACAAGAAAUAAAAAUCAAAACCCAGAUGACGGUUGUUGUGGAAGAAUACGAAAAAUCUAUUAGCAGAUUACUCACCGAACGAGAAAGAGAUCGUACAAGCUUCGAACAAGACAAGAUAAAGUUACAAGAAGAAUUGCAAGCAGCAAACCAUCAUCUAACUAAUACGGAAGCAGCAUUUAAUGAUGUACACCAAAAGUACGAAAGACUUAAAGGAGUUGUAUCAGUGUAUAAAAAUAAUGAAACUGUACUAAAAGAAAGUAUUCAAGAAAAUGUAGAAACUAUAAAAACAUUGGAAACGCGAUACGAUCAACUCAAGGAACAUGCAAUGGCGCAACUAGAAAAGGCUAAUUUGGAAUUGGAUGGAAUACGAAAACAAAAUGAGGCGGAAACAGUCAAAUUGCAUGCAAUGAUAAGGAAAGCAGAACUUAAAAGCAAUUCGCUCACCGAACUUGUGGAACAGAAAUCUAAGGAAAAUAAAGAACUCGCAAAAAUCUUAGACGAAGUUAUUGCUAGGGUCGGUCACGGAAACUCGGAAUGAAAAUGAGGUUUUCGUGGAAUAUUUCUAUUUUCAAGAUCAGGCAU